CUCCGCUGCCGCCAAGGUGCUCCGUCCUUCCGAGGGAGCUAAGGCCGCUUUGGGGUGAGUCCCUCACUUCCUCCUGCGACUAGCACCAUUCCGGCAACCGCAAAAUGGCCUCAGUCUCCGAGCUCGCCUGCAUCUACUCCGCCUCCGCCCUCAUUCUUCACGAGGUGACGGUCACGGAGGAUAAGAUCAAUGCCCUCAUCAAAGCAGCCGGUGUCAACGUUGAACCAUUCUGGCCUGGCUUGUUUGCAAAGGCCCUGGCCAAUGUCAACAUUGGGAGCCUCAUCUGCAAUGUAGGGCCUGGUGGGCCAGCUCCAGCAGCUGGAGCUGCACCUGCAGGAGGUCCUGCCCCAGCCGCUGCUGCUGCCCCAGCUGAGGAGAAGAAAGUGGAAGCGAAGAAGGAAGAAUCUGAAGAGUCUGAUGAUGACAUGGGCUUCUUCGGUCUUUUUGACUAAACCUCUUGUUAACAUGUCCAAUAAAAAAGCUGAACCUGAAAAAAAAAAAAAAAA